GUGUAAGACCAGAGACGUGAAAGCCUAACUUCCUUUUUAAAGCCUGCUGCAGCUUGCAUUUCUCUGGUGUGGUAUAUAAAACCAGCAGCCUUUACAGUGACCAUUGUCAGUGAUCCGUCCUACACUGUCAGUGAACCAAGAUGGGUGUCUCAAGCAUUCAGCUGCUGUCAGUGCUGUUGGUCUGUGCAACCAAUGCAAAGCAAACUGAAGGAUCUUGUGCACUGAAAAUGCAGAGAAAUGAAGACCAGGCUCUUCGUGAACAACUUACUUUUAUAUAUAAGGAAGUAGAAGGACUGCGAAAUGAUCAAAAUUUAAUGAAACAGAAACAAGAAGACAUGAUGCAGGCAGUGAGUCAUUGUACAGAAAUACAACCACAAGCUGAGAAGGAGGUGAAUGUUACUUCACUGGGAAAAGGUAGUACCUCUACACUGGAGGAGGAGGAUGACACUGAUGAAGGAUUCGAUCCAUGUAAGAAAUACAGUUCACUCAACCAAAACUGGAGAGCCACCAACUACAGCACCAAGAACGUGGCCUGCGAUCGCAAUACGCAGUGGAAUGGCUGGUAUCGUCUGUUCUACAGAGGAAGAAGCAUCCAAAUGCCUGAGCUGUGUGUGAAGACCGAAAGCUGUGGAACGCAUUCCCCACUGUGGUUAUCAGGUGGCCACCCACGCAAACGUGACGGAAUUGUGACACGCAAAGUUUGCGGCAACUGGAACGGUAACUGCUGCGCCUUCAAAUCCCCUCCCAUCCAAGUAAAAGCAUGUCAGGGCAAUUACUACGUCUACAAGUUUGUCAAGCCGCCGGCCUGUCAUCUGGCCUACUGUGCAGAUGUCAACACUCUUAUCUGUGGGAAAUGUAAGAAAUAUGAAAUUUGCACCAGCAAAGACAAGAUCAAGUGGUUUUGUAAGAAAUCAAAGAGAAGAGUGAAAGCUAAUGUGCAUUUCUUUGCUGCCUACCCUGGCUCACUGUCUGGCAAAGUGAACCGAAUCCAGUACAGGAAGGUGUAUGUGAAUGUUGGAGGGGCCUACAGCAGUCGCACGGGUGUGUUCACAGCUCCAGUCACAGGUGUAUAUCAGUUCUUCUUCUCCUCUCAGGCUGACAGUAGUGGGCUUAUAACCAACCUAUGGCUUGUUGUGAAUGGCUACUGGGCUGCUGUGUCUCACACUCAUGUCGGUGUCUCAAACACAGUAGGAAAUCUUUCAACGUACAUGACCACACUGCGCAAAGGUGCUUUAGUGUAUGUGACCCAGAGCUGUGGCAAGUCCUGGGCCGACUCUGCUUUCAACAGCAUUGUAUUUGGGGGGUCACUGCUUUUUGUACAAAGAUAAAGGGAGACAUUUAGCUACCAUAUUGUCAUCUUUAAUUUUUAUAACAAGAUUGUUGAGCUUUUUCUACAGUAUGUCAUGUAAGCUAUCAUAAUAUAGAGUGGUCAGGUGGGACAUAGAAUUUAA